AAUCGCUUCAGUGUUAGUUUGGCUUUCAUAUAUGAUUGUAAUAUUUCCCACCGGUGUGUGGAUGCCGAGAAAAAAUUAAAAAGUUCCUGGAGGACACCGAAAAAAUUUGUUGCUUCAGUACAACAACUUGCGGCACAGUUUCCUACGAGAUUUAAAGAGUGGGCAGCACAUGAUACAUACUCAGCUAAAGGAUUUAGUUCUUUGAUUUUCAUCUGAAGUCCCGAAUAAGCACCAGACAUAUUAGCAGCAUUAUCAUAAGAUUGGCCUCUACAAUUAGAUAUGUCAAUUUCCAAAUCAAUAAGUAUUUUACUGACGGUUUCUGCUAAUUCCUCUUAUGCGCACGAUUUAAUAACACGUCUGCUCGUUUGCACUUCUCAAAGGAGAGUCGUUCUCAAGGUGUGUAAUAGGCAUGGGACUCCUGUAAGUGGAAAACGUGAGGCAAUAGAAAGAGAAAGAAUAUGAGACGCCCAUCUUUAUCCUUGUCUAACGUUGCACGCGCAUCAAGCUGAAUGGAGUUGAGUGGGGAGGUAUCGUUGAGACUACUGAGGGGGUUUUUUUUUAACCUACAAUAUGGUGUUGUAGCUAAGAAUUUAUUAAUCUUGCAUAUAAUUUUAUGCAUUUAUUCGGAUUCAGUCAGAUAAAUAAAGAAGAGGAGAAAUUAAAUUGACGCGCUGUGACACAAUCAUAAAGAAAAAUGACAAGAACGUGUAUUGUGUGUAAAAAGCAACCUAUUCCGUUUAAUAUAUCUCGAAGUUUUCACAAUUUUCCCGUUAAUGUUGAAUUAAAAAAGAAGUGGAUGGAAGCUAUUGGUGUGACGACAGUUUGUAAGUCAGCCAGUAUAUGUAGCGACCACUUCUAUGAAGAAUCAUUUCAUCAGACUGAUGGAUAUACAACUUUGAGACGUUUAAUAUCAACUGCUGUCCCUUUUAAUCGAAACACUAAUCAAUUAUCUUUACCAAUUAACAACGUAUCUACUCAAGCACUUGGUGACAUAACGAAUCAUCAAGAUAUGACAAUAAGUGACGAAAAUACAUUUUCAACAAGUACGGAUACUAAUAACGGAGACAACUUUGAAACACAUGAUAAUUUAAGUCCCAGAAACAAUAAUAAAAGAAAAUCAUUUGUUGUCGACAUUCACCCAAAAAAAUUUGUUUUAUGGUCGGAAGUCAGCCAGAGUCUUUUUCAAGAGAGCACUUUGCUUCAGAUGAAGCUUGGGAGCGAUUUGUAAGAGUUAUGGCUUC